AUCGUUUUUCUCUUUCGUUUGUGUCUGUUUCACUUUCCCGCAGAAAAUAGGGUGUCGAAUCUGUCCUAUAACCUCCGUUAUAUUUAUUACUAUUUAAAGAUCGAAGAUGAAUCUUUUAUGAUAAUUGUGGAUUAAUUCGUGUAAAGGUUGUUCUAAGUGAUGUUGUGUAAGAUCGUUUGUGUUCUUGCGGUCACUCUGUAGCGUUUUUAAAAAUUAAACAUGGCCUCGAACCGAGGAAUUCAGAUCGGAUCCGCGUGGUUCCAACGGAAACUGAAUUUGCGACCGCAGCACCGGGGCGUGCACCUGGUCACCGAGGAGAUCCUCAAGCAGGUGCCGGAAUUGUCCCAGUUUGCGGUGGGGCUUUGCCAUAUCCAAAUAAUGCACACAUCAGCGAGCCUCGCGCUCAACGAGAGUUGGGACCCAGACGUCAGAGACGACAUGGAGAUGAUGCUCAAUAAAAUCGUUCCCGAAGGUCUGCCUUACCGCCACUCAUGCGAGGGGCCCGACGAUAUGCCUGCACAUGUAAAAGCCUGCUUUCUGGGGUCAUCCUUGACAAUCCCCAUCACUGAUGGCAAAUUAAAUCUUGGCACAUGGCAGGGAGUGUGGUUGUGUGAGCAUCGGAACCAUGCAGGCAGCCGAAAGGUGGUGGUGACGCUGUCGGGCUGCCCGCGCGACUCGCCGCUGUCGCCGGUGUCGGCGGCGUCGUGCUCCAGUUAGGACAGGGGGGGGGGCGCGACCCCUCGCACGCACUCGCGCCCCUCCUCCAAAAGCACGCGGAGGUAAACUCCCCGCGACCACCUUUUAUAUCCCGCACCCGACGUAGCUGUUAGUUCUUACCUUACAUUAAUAAAACCUAGAUAGAUAGUCAGUGCACGAAAGGUGAGGCAGAUUUUUUUUUUUUUUUUUUUUUUUUUGUGGCAACCAAACCUCUCUGG